UCGGCGCUUCCUGCGAGGAAAUGGGAAAUGGGAAAUGGGAAAUGGGCUGGGGAGCGCCGGGAUCCGGCGGGGACACUGCGGUGCCAGCGGCCCUGCUGCGGUCAGCGCUUGGGGACACUGCGCAGCCCCGCUGAUUCUCCUGGCAUGAGGUGGCUUUGGGUGGUGGCUUUGGUGACACCUGCCUGCACUGUCCCCUACAACGGCACGGCGGGGAGCCCUGGGGAUGGGGACAAUGGGGACAGAGGUCCCUGCACCCCUCAGCACGGCCUCCUGGGCACCGAGGUGCUGCUGCCGUGCCCGGGCGGUGCAGCCGAGUGGCGCCGGGGUGGCACCGCCCUGGGCACGUCCCCAGCCCCGGGGCUGGCCCUGCCCAACGCCAGCCUGGCCCACGAGGGACACUACAGCUGCCACCACCCUGUCACCGGCGAGACCUGGGCCAGCAUCUGCCUGCGGCUGGGCUACCCGCCACCGCCCCCGGCCAUCGAGUGCUGGGCCACCAGCUACCCCCAGGCUGUGAACUGCUCCUGGGCGCUGCGCCCCGAGCCCCUGCUGGACACCGACUUCGUGGCCACCUACAGGCACGGCGCAGGCACAGGUGAGUGCAGCCUGACGGGCCCGCGGAGCUGCUCCUUCGGGGAGCUCCAGGUGUUCUCCCUGACUCCCUACGAGCUCAACGUGACGGCCCGGAACGCGCUGGGAGCUGCCUGGGGAAUCCUGCCCUUCCUCCUGGAGAACAUCGUAAAGCCGGACCCCCCCGAGGCCGUGCGGGUCUCCCCCAUCCCCGGGGAGCCGCAGAAGCUGCUGGUGGAGUGGAGCCCUCCCUCGUCCUGGCCCUUCCCGGAGUAUUUCCCGCUGCAGUACCGCAUCCGCUAUUCCCGGGACAACGACUCCGUCCCCACCACGGUGGGGCCGUACGAGGUGACAUCCCACACGCUGACGGACCUGGAGCCCGGCAGCCUCCACCACGUCCAGGUGGCCGCCAAGGACCUCGCGGAUUCCGGGGAAUUCAGCGCCUGGAGCCCGCCGGCCUCAGGGACACCCUGGCUGGGGCUGUGACAGCCAGCCCGGGCCCCUGUCCCCAUCCCAGGCCUGCUCCUGUCCCCUGUCCCACCCGUGCUGCCAGGAAUGGGCAAUAAAUGGGCUUGAGGCUC